GGCAUUUCUUUUGCAGCGUUGGACUUUUGUUUUAUAAGGAAUUAUGACACUGAGCCGUGGCCCGUACAGCGAGCUCGAUAAAAUGAGCCUUUUUCAAGACCUCAAACUCAAACGGCGAAAAAUUGAUUCAAGAUGCAGCAGUGACGGCGAAUCCAUAGCAGACACGUCGACCUCGUCGCCUGAUCUUCUGGCCCCCAUGUCGCCCAAGCUCUGCGAUAGUGGGUCAGCCAGUGCCAUGCCUUUGAGCGUGUUGCCAGUGGCAACAGCCUCAUCAGCAUCGGCAUCGGCAUCGGCAUCCCCAUCCGUGUCCGUGUCCGCAUCGAUAACAACAUCGAUGACCGUGGCGGCGGCGGCAGCAGCCGCAGCAGCUCCCUCUGUUUCCACAUCGCCCACAUCGUCGACAUCGGCGGCAGCGACAUCAUCAUCGUCUUUAUCGUCCACAAAAUCAGCCUCUGCCUCCGCUUCCUCCGUUACAGCAUCCACCACUGUCCCUACCUCCGUUUCCGCAUCGUGCACGAGCAGCAGCAGCACCGGAACAGCGAAAUUAAAUCAAGGCAAUGGCUCCGGCUCGAGCUUAAGCUCGUCCAAACAGCAAGCGCAGACUGAAAUCCAUUCAUCCAGCAAUGCGGUAACGGCGGCAGCUGCCUCCUCGGUGAUGUCGCCACCGCCGGCUGAGACACAGACGAGAUCAUCACCGUCCAUGGGUGAGAUGGUAAGCGGAGAUUCCGGAUCUGGUGUGGGUGGCAGUGGGAGUACAAUGGGUGAGGCAUUAUCCAUGCGUACCACGCCCACGCCACCACAUAAUAAUGGAGGCGCUGCCUCCAGUUCUAGUAAUGGAGGCGGCAGUAGUCGUGCCUCACCCGAUUCCCUCGAGGAGACGCCCUCGACGACAACAACAAUAACCACAGUGGCAGGACGAGCGAAUAGUACCACGCCCAUCAAUGGCAUCUUGUCGGUCAGUGGGAAAUCAACAGCUGGACUGGGUAUGGGAAUGGGAAUGGGCACCAAUCUAAGCGUCAUCCGAUCUGUUAAAGAGGAACGCAUUUUAACCUUGCCCACCAAAAUGCUGGCACUUCAGCAAAGGGAAAGGGAACGAGAACGAGAACGGGAUAGGGAGCGUGAGCGAGAGCGAGAACGGGAACGGGAACGGGAGAGAGAACGAGAACAGGAGGGACGCAAGGAAGCAGCUGCAGCUGGCCAUGUAACAGUAUUGGUCACUCCUUCCCGCAUUAAAUCUGAAGCACCGCCACCAUCGUCGCCCUCAUCCACCUCCACUACACAGCGUGAGAGGGACAGAGAUCGAGAUCGAGAUAGAGAACGGGAACGGGAACGUGAGAGAGAACGUGAUAGAGACCGGGAUCAGCAGUCAUCCGCCUCGAUCAGCUCAUCACAGCAGCUAAAUCUAAGUCGAGCCAGCCCGCCCAUGAGUCAGCUGCAUGGCCACUCUCAUGGUGGACCCUCGGCCAUUGUUCAGACUCAUCAUUUGCAUCAGCAGCUAACCCAACCGCUGACCUUGCGAAAGACUAGCCCGCCCACAGAUCUGCAAUUGGGCCAGAGUCCACAGCAUUUGCUUAGCCAGUCCAUGCAGCAUUUGACGCAGCAACAGCAAAUGCAUUUGCAUCAUUUACUAGGACAGCAACAAUCGCCCCAACAACAACAGCAGCAACAGCAACAACAACAACAACAACAACAACAACAACACUCACCCCACUCACUAUUACGAGUCAAAAAGGAGCCCAUCUCCAGUGGCCACCAGGGUCAGGGUCAAAGGCAUUUAUCGCCCCAUCAAUCGCCCCACCAUCAACAGCAUCAUCAGGGCCAGCAACAGCCGCAUCCAUUGCAGCAAUCGGCCCAACAGCCACAGGGCCUAACCCUAAUGCAUCCCGCCUCGCUGCAAUCCCUGCGCCAUCCCAGCCGCGAUGCCAUUCUGUUUCGGGUGAAGAGCGAGGUGCAACAACAGGUGGCCGUGGCAGCAGCUGCCGCAUCGGCGGCUGGUCUCUCGCCGCAUCUGAUGCAACAGGGAGGAGCAGCUGCCGCAGCAGCGGCCGCCCAGCGAAUGGUUUGCUUCAGCAAUGCCCGCAUCAAUGGUGUCAAGCCGGAAGUGAUUGGCGGACCAUUGGGCAAUUUGCGUCCCGGUGGCGGUGUUGUGGGUGGCAGUGGAGUUGUCGGUGGACCUGGCUCAGUGCAAUGCCCAUCGCCGCAUCCCUCCUCGUCGUCAUCGUCGUCGCAGCUCUCCCCGCAGACGCCCUCGCAAACGCCGCCGCGCGGCACACCCACAGUCAUAAUGGGCGAGAGUUGUGGUGUCCGGACGAUGGUCUGGGGCUAUGAGCCGCCACCACCAUCGUCUAGCCAGGGACAGAGUCCUCUGCAGAAUCCGGGACAGCAGCAGCAGCAACAGCAACAACAGCAUCAGCAGCAGCAACAGCAGCAGCAGCAACAACAGCAGCAACAACAGCAGCAACAACAGCAAAUGCAUUGCCUGCAAUCGGCAUCCUCCCCAUCAACUGGUUCGAUUACGCCCACCCAUACGCCUGGACCCGGACCACUGGGUGGUCCAGCGCCCCAAAAUAACGAGGAAGCGGCACAGUUGCUUCUGUCAUUGGGUCAGACACGCAUCCAGGAUAUGCGACCGCGUCCGCAUCAGUUUCGCACUCCGCACGCUCUCAACAUGGAACGCCUGUGGGCCGGAGAUUAUUCCCAGCUGCCGCCUGGCCAGGUGCAAGCUCUCAAUCUCAGUGCUCAACAGCAAUGGGGCAGCUCAAAUUCGGGUUCCGGCUCUAUAGGUGGCGGCAGAUCAUUGGAGGCUCCACACGAGCCCACCGAUGAGGAUGAUCAGCCAUUGGUGUGCAUGAUCUGUGAGGAUAAGGCCACCGGAUUACACUAUGGCAUCAUUACAUGCGAGGGCUGCAAGGGAUUCUUCAAGCGCACGGUACAGAAUCGUCGGGUUUAUACCUGCGUGGCGGAUGGCACCUGCGAGAUAACCAAAGCACAGCGCAACCGUUGUCAGUAUUGUCGAUUUAAGAAAUGCAUUGAGCAGGGCAUGGUGCUGCAAGCCGUAAGAGAGGAUCGCAUGCCAGGUGGACGUAACAGCGGUGCUGUCUAUAAUCUGUACAAGGUCAAGUACAAGAAGCACAAGAAAACCAACCAAAAGCAGCAACAGCAACAAGCGGCCGUGCAGCAACAGCAGCAGGCGGCUGCCCAGCAGCAACAGCAGCAGCAGCAACUUCACUCGCCUAUCCAUCACCAGCAACAUCACCAGCAUCAGCAUCCACAUCAGCAACAUCAACACCAACAGCAGCUACAGGCAGGCGGACAUCCUGUCACCCAGCUGUCGCCUGCCCAUCAUUUACUUUCCCCGCAGCAUCAACAAUUGGCAGCAGCAGUGGCUGCCGCUGCGGCGCAACAGCAUCAGCAGCAGCAACAACAACAGCAGCAGCAGCAGCAGCAACAACAACAACAGCAAUCAAAGCUUAUGACCGGAGGCGGCGGAGGUGGCGAUAUGAAACCAAUGUUCCUUGGGCCAGUAUUGAAAACGGAACAUUUACAGCCACCGUCCAUGCAUAGUCCAGCCCAACAGCAGCACCAACAUCAGCAGCAGCAGCAACAGCAAUCACCGCAUUUAUCCCUCAAUUCGCCGCAUCAUGGACAGCAGCAGCAGCAGCAGCAGCAUAAUCAUCACCAGCAGCAGCAUCAGCAUCCUGGCGGAGGAGGCGGAGGCGGUGGUGGUGGUGGUGGCAGCGGACAGCCAUCCUUGCCGGCCCAUUUAAUGAAUGGCACCAUAUUAAAGACUGCUCUGACCAAUCCCAGUGAGAUUGUUCACCUGCGCCAUCGCCUCGACUCGGCGGUUAGCUCGUCCAAGGAUCGUCAAAUCUCAUAUGAGCAUGCCCUGGCCAUGAUUCAGACACUGAUCGAUUGCGAUGCCAUGGAAGAUAUUGCCACACUGCCGCAUUUCAGUGAGUUCCUCGAGGAUAAGUCGGAAAUAAGCGAGAAAUUGUGCAACAUUGGCGAUUCGAUUGUCCAUAAGCUGGUGUCGUGGACAAAGAAGUUGCCCUUCUAUCUGGAGAUCCCUGUUGAGAUACACACCAAAUUGCUAACGGAUAAAUGGCAUGAGAUACUAAUUCUGACCACGGCUGCGUAUCAAGCGUUACACGGCAAGCGAUCCCAGUCAGCGAUUAGUGGUGGUGGUGGUGGUGGUGGCGCCACUGGUGGCGGUGGCAAUGCAACACCAACUUCUGUUAAUCAGAAUCAUGGUAGUCGUCAUGGUUCACCUGCCUCAACGCCCACAACUACGCCAACUCCUGCCCAGCCGCUGCAUAAGGAUGAUCCGGAAUUCGUUAGCGAAGUCAAUUCACAUCUGAGUACCCUGCAGACUUGCCUAACCACAUUGAUGGGUCAACCGAUUGCCAUGGAGCAGCUGAAACUCGAUGUUGGUCACAUGGUAGACAAGAUGACGCAAAUAACCAUCAUGUUUCGGCGCAUUAAGCUGAAAAUGGAGGAAUAUGUGUGCCUCAAGGUAUACAUUUUGCUGAAUAAAGCAGAAGUGGAACUGGAGAGCAUCCAGGAGCGGUAUAUUCAAGUGCUACGCUCCUAUUUACAAAACUCAUCGCCACAGAAUCCGCAAGCCCGACUGAGUGAGCUGCUCUCACAUAUACCCGAGAUCCAAGCGGCGGCCAGUUUACUGCUUGAAAGCAAAAUGUUUUACGUGCCCUUUGUGCUCAAUUCGGCGAGCAUAAGGUAG